AAAAAAACAACAUCAAAAAAAAAAAAAGCUCUUCUAAUACAUUCCGCGUUCUGAAGUAUCCGUUCUUUUCUCGAUACAAAGUCUUCACAUAGCCAUCACGCGCAGUUUUGCGACGAUACCACGAGCGAAACUAGACUUCUUUUAUCCUCCUCACACACAAACAUCACAACUAUGGCCGAGGCUCAGCAAGUCCCCACCUUCAAGCUGGUGCUUGUCGGUGACGGUGGUACCGGAAAGACCACCUUCGUCAAACGCCACUUGACUGGUGAGUUCGAGAAGAAGUACAUGGCCACCCUUGGUGUGGAGGUUCACCCGCUAGGCUUCGAGACGAACUUUGGCAAGAUUCAAUUCGAUGUGUGGGACACCGCAGGCCAGGAGAAGUUCGGUGGUCUGCGUGACGGUUACUACAUCAACGGCCAGUGCGGUAUCAUCAUGUUUGACGUCACAUCCCGCAUCACCUACAAGAACGUCCCCAACUGGCACCGUGACUUGGUUCGUGUGUGCGAGAACAUCCCUAUUGUUCUCUGCGGUAACAAGGUCGACGUCAAGGAGCGCAAGGUGAAGGCCAAGACCAUCACCUUCCACAGGAAGAAGAACCUGCAGUAUUACGACAUCUCGGCCAAGUCGAACUACAACUUCGAGAAGCCUUUCCUGUGGCUCGGCCGCAAGCUUGUUGGCAACCCCGGUCUGGAAUUCGUUGCCGCCCCCGCCCUUGCUCCCCCCACCGCCGAGGUGACCGCAGAGCAGGCGGCCGCGUACGAGAAAGACCUUGCAGAUGCUACGCGUGCGCCCCUGCCCGAUGAUGAUGAUGAAGACUUCUGA